AUGGAGAGCUCAGCAGCGCAGCCACCCGUGGCGAAUUCAACAGGCAAGGUGCGGAUUUUGCUACAGACAAUUACGCACCUUGUACCUGGCAGUGAUCGUCCAGAAAAACUCGCGUUCAUUCAGAACACAGUCUGCCAACAUCAUUGGAAACGGGAUUACGAUUUUGCCCAAGAACGUUGGUAUCCAUAUCGUGACUACUUCGGCUUGAAGAACCGUAAAUGCUUUUUUCUGAUUGAUCAUCAUGGUCACGAUCACACUAUUCAAGAGGAGAAGGUACCAGUAUUAUGGUAUAAAUGGACAGGAGAGUCUCUCGUCCGUAUCUACGAGGACCUCCCUUCUAGGAUACAGAAAGAACUCAAGAAAUGGCCAUUUACGUGGGAGGGAAGGAAGUUCCACCGGGUGCCUAAAGGACCAGAUGGGAAAUAUGAUCCAAUGGACUAUCGAGAAAUCAUCAAGUCAAAGCUCUACCUUGGUACCCCUAUUCUUAAGGAGAAUAUCGAUUUUUUAAGGGAGUAUCCAGAACAUGCACGGUGGCUCAGGGCUCACCUGUAUCACGAAUUGUGGGUUAAAAUUGAGCCGUUUUGUGAUCUCCCUGGUGAAGGGGAGUAA